ACGGGACUUUCCGGGGUCAGCUGGAGCGAGGAGCGGCUGGAGCUGGAGGGCCCGGCCCAGGUCCCGCAGUGCAGCCCGGCUCCGCCAUGGACGAACCCUACAACGCGUGCCUGGAUGGGAUCGACUAUGACGACUUCCAGUUCAGCUCCCACAUGAUGGAGCAGAAGGAGCCGCUGAUGGAGACUGCCGAAGGUCCGUAUCUCAUCAUCAUCGAGCAGCCAAAACAGCGCGGGUUCCGGUUCCGGUACGGCUGUGAAGGCCCCUCACAUGGUGGGCUGCCCGGAGCAUCCAGCGAGAAGGGACGCAAGACUUACCCCACUGUCAAGAUCUGCAACUACGGAGGUGUGGCGCGGAUCGAGGUAGACUUGGUGACCCACAGCGACCCUCCGCGAGUGCAUGCUCACAGCCUGGUGGGGAAGCAGUGCAACGAGGCUGGCAAUUGCAUUGUGACCGUGGGACCUAAGGACAUGACGGCACAAUUCAACAACCUUGGGGUGCUCCACGUGACCAAGAAGAACAUGAUGGAGAUCAUGAAGGACAAGCUGAAGCAGCAGAAGAUACGCAAUAGAAAUCAGGCAUUGACAGAGUCUGAGCUGCGUGAGAUUGAGGUGGAGGCGAAGGAGUUGAAGAAGGUGAUGGACCUGAGCAUCGUGCGCCUCCGUUUCACCGCCUACCUCCGCGACAGCAACGGGAACUUCACGCUGCCCCUGAACCCUGUCAUCUCAGACCCGAUCCACGACAGCAAAUCACCUGGGGCUUCCAACCUGAAGAUCUCCCGGAUGGAUAAGACAGCUGGCUCAGUGCGGGGAGGGGACGAGGUCUACUUGCUGUGCGAUAAAGUUCAGAAAGAUGAUAUUGAGGUGCGGUUCUACGAGGAUGAUGAGAACGGUUGGCAGGCCUUCGGUGACUUCUCCCCUACGGAUGUUCACAAGCAGUACGCCAUCGUCUUCCGCACGCCGCCCUACCACAAGCCCAAGAUCGACCGCCCCGUCACUGUCUUCCUGCAGCUGAAGCGGAAGCGUGGGGGGGACGUGAGCGACUCCAAGCAGUUCACCUACUACCCAGUGGUGGAAGAUAAGGAGGAGGUGGAGAGGAAGCGGAAGAAGGUGCUGCCUCAGUUCCCCCAGCACUUUGGUGGGGGCUCGCACAUGGGAGGGGCCGGCGGGGGAAGCAGUGGCUUUGGCUCUGGUGGAGGCGGGAAUCUAAACUAUCCAUACUCCUCGGGGCUGACUUACAACAACAUCUACUCGUCUGGCCCGCACCCCGUGGGCGGCUACCAAGGGGGGGUGCAGAUGACCAACAUGGAAGAGGAGGGGGAUGGCAAGCACCUGCCUGCGGAGACUGGGAAGCAGCCCUGCCCGCCAGAGGAGAGCCACCGUCAGGAGCUGCAUUACCACGCCCAGCUCUGCAGUAUGAGGAUGCUGGCUCUGGCUCAGCGCAGCGCCCAUGCCCUGCUGGACUACUCGGUCACUGCUGACCCACGCAUGCUGCUGGCCGUGCAGCGGCACCUGGCUGCCUCCCAGGAUGAGAACGGAGACACGCCUUUGCAUCUCGCCAUCAUCCACGAGCAGACGACUGUGAUUGAGCAGCUGAUCCAGGUUGUCCUCAGUAUCCCCAACCAGCAGAUCAUCAACGUGGCCAACCACUUGCAGCAGACUCCCUUACACCUGGCAGUGAUCACCAAGCAGCACCAGGUGGUGGGGUUACUGCUGCAGGCCCACGCGGACCCCACUCUGCUGGAUCGCUACGGCAACUCACUGCUGCACCUGGCGCUCCAGACGGGUGAUGAGGCCAUGCUGAGGACGUUGCUGGUGCACCUGGGCUCCGCCAUCCCCUGUCUGCUCAGCACGCCCAAUUAUCAUGGCCUGCUCCCCGUGCACCUGGCUGUGAGGGUAAAGAGCCUGGCCUGCCUGGACCUGCUGGUGAGGAUGGGAGCAGACGUGAAUGCCGUGGAGCGGCAGGGCGGCCGGACGCCCCUGCACCUGGCAGUGGAGAUGGAGAACCUCAACGUGGCUGGCCACCUAGUAAAGAAGCUGGGAGCUGAUGUCAAUGCUCGGACGUUUGCUGGAAACACCCCUCUGCACCUGGCUGCAGGCCUGGGCUCCCCCAUCCUCACCAAAAUGCUCAUCAAAGCAGGAGGGGACAUCCUCUGUGAGAAUGAUGAGCCAGUGAGGUCGUCCUCGUCCGAAGCCAGCAGCGACAUGGACAGUGGGCCCGAGGAUCAGGAGGCAGGCAUGGAGCUGGGAGAGUCAGACACAGAGCAUACAGAUAACAGCACCGCUGCUGAGCACAGAAGCAGGGAGCCUGGCACCCGGGGUGCAAAGCAGCGCCGGAGACACACACCGCUUGACUUAACCAGGAGCCACAAGGUGCGGGAGAUCCUGCUGCGUGCCUCGCUGCAGGGCCCAGAGUCGGAGCAGCCUGCUGCCCCCAGGCCAGGGACCAUCCUGUCACUCGACAGCAACACCCUGCAGGGCCUGGAGCAGUUACUGAACCAGGACCGCAGUGGCUCGGACUGGACUGAGCUGGCCCAGAGACUCGGCCUGCGCAGCCUGGUGGAGACGUACAAGGACACAGCCUCCCCGAGCGGGAGCCUCCUGCUCAGUUACGAGCUCGCUGGCGGCAGCCUGGGGGGCUUGCUGGAGGCACUGGACUCCAUGGGGCUCAGCGAGGGAGUAAGGAUGCUUCGCAAAGCGGAGACGGCUGACAAGCUGCAAAGCACAGAGCUCAAGGAGGACAGUGCCUAUGGGAGCCAGUCGGUGGAAGAGGAGCAGUCGCCGGCCCCACCGCUGAAGCUGCACCCGCUGCCCUCUGCAGAGCUGCUGGGCGAGCCCCCACACAGCCAGCAGCAGCAGGUGCACUGACCUGUUGUGCCUCCCUCUGGCCCCGGGGUAGCCCGGCUGUGACUGACACUUUGGAGGGGAGGAGCUGCGGCAGGCUCGGAGCCCCCGCACUGCCCACGGAUUGAAUACAAGUGCCUCUUGGCCCCAGAGUGGGUUGCCCGUGCCUCUUUGACUCUCCUCUGGCAGGGCUGGCCGCAGCCUGGCAGGCCCUGCUGUGCGGAACCCAGCCCCCUCUCUGCUCUUAUUUAAAGAUCCCUCAUCAGGUUUCUUGGUUUAGGUAAAUAAAGGGUGUGACUCCCAGAAUGUUUGCA